ACUGACGAAAUUUCCUGGUGUGAAGUGAGUCUCGCUGGGUAUCAACAACAGAUUGAAACGAAGCCCGAAUGAUGGUUUGCAGUUUGCAUGCGAUUCUAAUCUGCAGGAACGCUGGAAAUAACAUCUGACAGCUCAGGGAAUCGCAUCGGUAGAUCAAUGUGUCCGCUCGGGCAUUCAACGCUGGGUUUCAUAUCGAGCUGGUAGCAGGUGGCGACGGCGCGGGGCGAAGCUCGAAUAUUCAUGCCUUUCUGUUAAUGAAACUUAAUUACGAAUUCCGUGCAAGGGUUGCCACCCGCCAUGUUAAGAUAAAGACACAGAUCUCUGUGUUGAACAUGCUAAAGCGAUUGGAUAAGAUAAGGUUCAGAGGACCGAAGCGAGAUGAGUUCCUGGACCUUGCCGAGUCCCCCAACGCAUCUGACAGCGAAUGUAAUGACGACGUCCCAGUAAAACACCGGAGCUCCAUCAAAGAAACGGAAGAGCAGCGAGACCCUGCUGGCUCGGGGACUCUCGCCAUGUCUGCUGCUCCCAUCCAGGACUACAAGAUGAGUGAUGCCGACCGACUCAAUGAGGUCAAAGGUCACCUGGAGAUAGCCUUACUGGAAAAGCACUUUCUUCAGGAGGAGUUGAGGAAGCUCAGAGAGGAGACAAAUGUCGAGACGCUGAAACAGGAGCUGGAGAAAGAGAAAUCUAAAAGAGUCGAUCUUGAGCAGAAAAUGAAUGAAAUUCUCAGAUCCAGACUAGAAGAUUCACCACCUCCACCUCCAAAGCCACAAGUCACUUCUGUCAAUGGAACAGGAGACAAACAAAAGGAGACCUUAAGCUCUCGGCUGUGGAAAUGGCUCUAUGAGCGCUUUGGUGUUUAUAUUGAAGAUUUCCGCUUUCAGCCUGAAGAGAAUACAGUCGAGACUGAGGAACCACUAAGUGCUAAAAGAUUAACAGAAAAUAUGAGACGACUCAAACGGGGUGCUAAGCCUGUAACUAACUUCAUGAGGAACCUUUCUGCCUUAUCCAGCUGGCACUCUGUCUACACGUCAGCCAUCGCCUUUAUUAUCUAUAUGAAUGCUGCCUGGCAUGGCUGGGUUAUCCCCAUGUUUCUAUUUUUAGCCAUUCUGCGGUUGUCCUUGAAUUACCUCAUAGCAAAAGGUUGGAGGAUACAGUGGAGUAUUGUGCCUGAGGUUUCUGAACCAGUGGAACCUCCAAAGGAAGAUCUUACGGUCUCAGAGAAGUUUCAGUUGGUGUUGGAUGUUGCACAGAAAGCACAGAAUCUAUUUGGAAAGAUGGCAGACGUAUUGGAAAAGAUUAAAAACCUUUUCACGUGGGUGCAGCCUGAAAUCACACAGAAGCUGUAUGUUGGUUUGUGGGUGGCCUUUAUUGCUUCCUGUUUGCUGCCAUAUAAACUCUUGGGCUUCAUGAUUGGUGUCUAUGCCGGCAUCAAAUUCUUCAUCAUCGACUUCAUCUUCAAAAGCUGCCCCAAACUGAGAGACAAAUACGACACACCUUACAUUGUAUGGACCAAUUUACCCACAGACCCACAACUCAAAGAGCGUAACAAUGCCACUCUGAGCAGACGGCUGUCUGGGUUUGAAAAGCAGAUCCAGCCAACGGUUGCACGCGGUAAUCAGUCGGCCGGGAUGUCAUGCGGGGUCGGCCGUGAGGAGGAAAGCGGGCGGGCCUACAACACCAAAAGAGGGCCUUUUCAUGAAGUCUUCAACUUGUCAGAGAAUGAGCGCCCCCUGCCAGUGUGCGAGAACGGAUGGCGGUGUUGCUUGAUCAACAGGGACAGAAAAAUGCCAACCGACUACAUUCGCAAUGGUGUCCUCUACGUCACAGAAAAUUACUUGUGUUUCGAGAGCUCCAGUUCCCGGGCAACAUCCUCGAAGAAAAAUAAAGUCAUCAAGCUCCAAGACAUCACGGAUAUUCAGAAGUACAAAGUGUUGUCAGUAUUGCCUGGAUCUGGGAUGGGGAUCUCAAUAACAACACCAUCCACUUUAAAGCCUCUAGUGUUUGGUGCCAUGAUUCAUCGGGACGAGGCUUUUGAUGCCAUUCACACUCAGUACACGAAGAUCAUGAAUUCCACAACAGCUACGACAGUCACAAACCCAGAGACAUAGUCUCACCCGGAUCAACAUAUGACAUAAGGUAGUCCAUAAGGCAGCCCUCACCUUAAUGUAGCACUAUCCUAAACCCUUACAUGGAGAUGCUGGCUUCCAGAAGUUGUCCGCCCCAUCUCCAACCGAAAACGAUGGAGAAACUGCAAAGAAACUGUUUUUCAUAUUCUCUUUUAGAUUCUACGUGAGUAUUAGGACGAGUAUUUUAUAUAAUGUUCUCUCAAAACAGCGUACUAUAAUCUUACACAAGUGUUUGUCAGGAUGGGUGUUGUUUUAUAAGGUUAGGGGUUCGUUGUGCUUUUACUUGUGUGUCCGAACGGGAGCUGGUACUCCUUUGUGUCUCAUGGAGGGCUUUGUGUGAUCCGUGUGUAGUCAGACCAUAUAACCGUCUGUGAACUUACCGCCAUUUUCACUUAAUUGCAUCACCGCUGGCCUUGCACAAAGAAACACUGCACUUAGUGUUGCUGAGAGCUUUUAGAUGUGAUUUAGGGGGAAAAGGAACAGACGUAACCGUCAACUGAAAUCCAUAUGCGCAAAGCAGCUCGUAACUGCCGGCCACAUUGUUCCUUGGGGCGCGCCAAUUUUUUCUUCAGUAUUUGUGAUACUUGUGUUAACUUAUCACAUAGAAACAACCUCGUAUUUUAAAGGAUUAAAAAUAAACAUUUUGCCGUUCACACACCCUCAUGUUGUUUUAAAAUCGUAAAACACAAAAGGAGAUAUUUAGGCAGAAUGUCCAAGCUGCUCUUUUCCUUACAAUGAAAGUCAAUUGUUUAAGGGAUAGUUUGCCCAAAAAUGAAAAUUCUGUUAUUUACUCACACUGUUGGCUUUCAGCCUUCUGUGGAAUGCAAAAAAUAUGUUUUUAAUUAGUUUUUGUCCAUUCAUUGUAGUUCAAAUCAACCCUGAACCCCAUAAAAAACAGUUGGACGUUAAAAUAUUAUCAUUUGUAUUCUGCAGAAUAAAAAGAAAGUCAGACAGGUUUGCAGAAUAUUUAUUUAAGAAACAACAUCAGGGUGCAUAACUAAUGACACAAUUGUCAUUUAAUAUUUUUUUAACUUAAAGCACAAAAAUAUCACUGGUCUUACCCAUAAAACCAAUGCGCACAAAUAAAGGUCUGUUCAAACUAAGCAGAAAUUAGCUGGUUUUGUGUUGAAGUUUAAGUCAAACGUUUACAUACAGCUUGCAGAAUCUGCAAAAUGUUAACUAUUUUUCUAAAAUAAAAGGGAUCAUACAAAAUGCAUGUUAUUUUUUUUAUUUAGUACUGACCUGAAUAAGAUAUUUCACAUAACAGACAUUUACAUAUAGUCCACAAGAGAAAACAAUGGUUGAAUUUAUAAAAAUGACCCCGUUCAAACGUUUACAAACACUUGAUUUUUUUAAUACUGUGUUGUUACUUGAAUGAUUCACAGCUGUGUUUUUUUUGUUUAGUGAUAGUUGUUCAUGAGUCCCUUGUUUGUCCUGAACAUUUAAACUUCCUGCUGUUCUUCAGUAAAAUCCAGGGUUCCCACAGGUCCUUGAAAUCCUUAAAAGUUUGUAAAUCUGAAAAAAAAAAUUUUUUCAAGGCCCUGGAAAGUUUUUGAAAAUGAAUUUAUUUUGUGCAAAAAGUUUUCCUUAUUAUUCCCCCCGGUUAACUAAUGUGCUAACACUUCGUGCCCUAUGCAUACUAGCUUGCUUGAUUUAAGUUAGGGUGACCAACAGCUUUUUUCCCCCCAACAUGUCCUCUUUUUGGACCUAAAAUCGCCCAAAAUGUCCGGGAUUCGGCUUAUGCUUUCUACAGUCGUCAUUCAGUGUGCAUUUUUGUAUUAAAGCUCUAUGCGGGACCGUUUUAUUGAUGCCGCUCAUGCUAAAUUUCGAGCUAUUACCGCCUGCUCACGCAAUCAUUCUAAUAUUGAAUAUAAUUUUCACACAUCAGGGAGCCGCUAUCGUAUUCAGAGUAUUUAAAUCUCUUUUUAAUGAGCAGCUGUUUACUUUCACUUUCAAUUUCAGAAUCAUACGCACUCUGUAUAAAGGUCAGAUAUGAGCACAUUUUCUGCUGAGCAGCAAAUCCUUUAGCAUGAUUUGUCAGUCAUCUCUACUUUUGUCUUGACCCAUGAGCUGAUCGCUGCAGCUUGUGUUGGAUGCAGGGUUGCCAAAUCUGCAUUUUUUUUUGCUUGGAAGUGGUUUGUUUUUAACUGUUGAGCAUUUGACUGAAAUGCUUAUAUUGAAACAUUUUGCAUUCUACAUGUGAUAGAACUGUAAAAAAUGUUAAGUUUUGUGAUGGCCACUGGUAGGAAGCAUUUUAGCUGUGUUUAGGAUCAGUCUGCACAAGGGUGACAAUAAAAUAUACAAUUUAUUUAUGGAAAUUAAAUAUUUUGAGUUUUCAUGUGGGUUAUGGUCAUUGCGCUACUUUGGGGGCUUUUUAAUUAUAAUAAUUAAGAUUACAAAGAAUGACUUGCCAGAGAUCCAAAAGACCAUAAUUUGGCCAGGUGCAGAGCCGAAUAUUCUUCAGACAAAUACAAUAUCGGAUCUCUGUCACAUGGCCAAAAAUACAUUUUGUGCAUAGUUUUGUUUGACACAUAAAAACUGUAACAAUGUAUCUUACAAGAUAACAUGACGUAACCUUGCUCUCACUUGAAAUGUGUCCCACAUUAAGUCCUUGAAUUUUCAGCCAUUGGACCUGGAAAGUCCUUGAACUCUGAAAAUCCUUAAGGUCCCACAAAUUCUUUGGUUUUUCAGCAUCUUUGUGUAUUUGAGCCCUUUCCAACAACGACUAUAUGAUUUUGAGAUCCAUCUUUUCACACUGAGGACAACUCUCAUGCAACUCUUACAGAAGCUUCAAAUGCUCAUGAUGCUUCAGAAGGAAACGCAAUACAUUAAGAGCCGGGGGGUGAAAACUUUUCGAAUUUGAAGAUCAGGGUAAAAAUGUCAUCUUCUGGGAAAAAUGUAAGUAUCUUCUGAAGCGCAGUACUAAAUGUACUAUUGUGGACUGUACAUAAACAUCUUUUAUGUGAAAUAUCUUAUUCAGGUCAGUACUAAAAAAAAAAGAAAAAAAACACUCAUUUCGUAUGAUCCCUCUUAUUUUGGUUAAAUAAUUAACAUUUUGCAGAUUCUGUAAACUUUUGACUUCAAUUGUGUUCUCAUUCCUCAUCAUUGAGCCCUGAGGUUAUGGAAGUAUUUAAUGAAUAUGUUGGCACUGGUUAGAGAAAUGUCUUCGUUUACUAAUGUUGUACCCUAAAAUAAGAUCUAAUUCCUUUAAAGGAACCACAGACUAAUUUUUGUAAUGGAUGUAAUAUGUUAUGAUUUUUCUGAAAGUGUGCAUAGGGGAACUCCAAAAUUAACAUAUUCUGCUUCCAAACAGACUGUUUUACUCAUUCAUGCAUAAUAUUUUUAUUUGGUAACUUUUGACUAUGCAGCCUUCAGUAGCUCCUUUUGGAAUAAAAGCAGGUCUUUUCUUUCUUAAGAGAGGAGAGUCGUAUAGUAUGUCCAGAUUUUUUUUUUUUUUGGCUUAUUUGUCCCUUAACACUUUUCUUGGUUUUCUCAUUUUUAUGCAUUUCUAAAUUUGUUGACAGUUGCUUUUUCAUUUGUUUCAUCCGUUUAAGCCUUGUUUAUCACCUGCCUUAUUAUGCCUUUUUUUUUUUUAGAGCAAUUUGACACUUUAAUUUUUUUUUUUUUUUUUUUUUUUUUUUUUUUAAACAUUUCGAGUCAGUAUGUAUAUGUUGGGGUUAGACUCUGGACAUCUUUGGAUGCUGUUUACCAAGUUUACAAAAUGGCACUUUUGGGCUUUCUAAAUAUAUAGCCACUUAAAUAGUGGAAAACCAUUUAGUUAGAAUAAAUAUGAUGCUAAUAUUGUCUGUGUGGAAGUAUGUAUUUGUGAAACACAUGAGUAGUGCACCUUGGUUUUAUUAGUUUCGCCUUUUAACAUUCAAUUCUAAAACAAAUUCCAUUAAUUAUUGAUUCUUGGAAAAACUGACCACCAGUGAUUGUCAUUUGCCAAAUAAAUAUGUGUAUUGUUUGCGCUCUGUUUCUGCCCCAGAACAGUUUCGUUUACAGAUAUUUCUGUUCCACAAGAGGCUAUUUUGAUCCCUAAAUGGGGGCAUGAAAAUUAGCCUUUUUUUUGCCUGUGCUGAAUGUUGAACAAGCUGGAAAAUCAUAGAUUUUAAAUGCCUUGUUAAAACAUUUUAUUCUUUUAUAUUGCAUUCUUCAUCCAGCUUUAAAAUUUUGAUUAUUGUUCCCUGGAAGUUGUUGGUUGUAGCAUGGACCGGGGUGGUGUUGUAUUAUUUCUCUCAGUGUAUUUCCCUAUUCAAGUCAUUUUAUGUUUCAAUCAAGUAUCUGAUUAGUUGGUUGUAACACACAGUUGUCUCAAUCUCAUUUACAUUGGUACGGCCACCCAACAACUGGGUUUAAUAGACUUUGCAGAGGAACAACCACAGUAAAUUGAAGUCCAAUUACACAGAGACUGAAUGUGACUGGAUGUUUGUUUAUCAAACAUUUGUAUUUACACUAGAUGUACAUGUCUGGUAAAAUCUUUCCUGCUGUCCUCUGAUUAGUCUUCAUUGGAGAAGAAAUAAACUGAGUUCUUUGUAACCUUUA